AUUAAUUCUUAAUCCAAGUAUCGCAGGUUGCUUUGAACGUUUGUUCACCUCUCGAUUAUCCACGAUCGAAUUAUGUAAAGUCUGACUGUGCACGACUUUUCGUACGGUGACGCUACCAAAUUUACUGUUUUACUCAUUAUCGCAACUCUCGUAUGGGAGAAACGCGUCUAUCCCAAUCCAAUAAUAAUUGGGGUAGGCAAGUUCCGACAUGUAUAAAUGGUCGCCCGAAUGAUUGUCACGGGUUCAGUUCAUCUCGUGCUAGCUUGAGGGAAACAGUGACUACUCCAGGAUGAUCCGUCCACAAUCACAGUCGAGUGGUUUAUUGGCGAUUUUUUGUAUCCUAUCAGUGCUAACUAGAUCGACCCACGGGGUCAAGUAUCUCAGUGAUCUGAUCUCCAAUCUGAACAAAACCUGUGAAUCGCUGGAAUCGUGGCACAACUGGAUGACCCCGUCAAAGGCGUCCCUGCCUCCAAUCGGAACGGGUUCGCAGUAUACCACCGUGAUCGAUUCGUGCAAAAAGGUCCCCCUAGAUGGCAGUGGAGUGUAUUUGUUCCAGCCGUCGGAAUCGAUCUACCCGUACCCGGUCUACUGCGAUCAGGAUAGUUUCAUCGGAAGUCACGGGUGGAUUGUGGUGCAAAACCGGAAGGAAAAGGGCCAGUUGAGCUUCAAUCGCGAUUGGACGGACUACAGGGAUGGAUUCGGAGAUCCUCGGGGCGAGUUUUGGCUCGGGCUGGAGAAGAUUUACCAGCUGAUGAGGAACGAUACCAAGUACGAGCUGUUGGUGAUGCUGAGGAAGAAGGACGGCAAGAUGGAAGCCGCUCGGUAUGCGACGUUUUCUAUUUCAAGCGAAGAGGAUGGAUACCAGCUGGAGUUGGGGAGUUAUGCGUUUGGAAGUGCGGGCCAUACGAUGGAGUUCAGUAAUAAGGCCAAGUUUUCGACGCCGGAUAGUAACAACGAUGGAACGGGAAAGGAGUGUGCACAGCAGUUGCGGAGCGGAUGGUGGUUUAGCGAUUGUGAUAAUUUGCCUUCAAACUCGAGACGAAAUGUGCAACCAUCUACGUUGUGCAGUAAGAACAAUCAUCCGUACAAGGGUUUUUUCUACAUGGGUGAUCCCUGUUUGGAAGAGACGCGAAUGUUGAUAAGAGAACUUUGAAGUGUUAAAUUAUUAAAUUAUUUAUUUAUUUAUUGAAUACCUUCUAGUACAAUUUUGAAAUUGUUACAGUAAAACUUCAAGUUUAAUGAAAAUUGAAAGAAAAUGGAUUGAUUAUGAUCAAAACUGUGGUCAUUCUCUUGUAUUGUACCUAAUUGCCUAUCACAAGCCUGAUAUGGGAAGUUUGGUUUUCGUCUAGCCAGAAAGGAACACACUUAAUCACGGCUUCGCUGUUCGGUAAUUUUUCUUACUGAAUUCAAACCGUAAACCUGAGGUUUUACCGAAACUUCAGCAUUUG